AUGGAAAUAAUUUCAACCGGUUCUCCGAGCCUAUUGUUUCACCACCUCGUCGAUUUCCGUCUUUUCGUCCCUGCUGCCUUCUUCGUCGGCAUAAAUGACUUCAACAUUCGAUUUUGGUCCGGUGAAAAAGGUGCGUCCGUACGCAAACCAGUACACAACCACCAAGAACAUGGCUCCCCAGUACACUACACAGGUCCAGUUCAUGAGGUCCAAGGUGUUGUCCUUUCCGCGGAAUUGCGGGAAGUUCAGGAUCGGAAUCAUCAUCAAAACGAAAGCACAGCCAAUUGUACCGGUGACGUAGCUGAGCUUGCCCAAAUUCCAAGGACCCGGCUUAAAAGUGUUUCUUGCGUAGGUGAUUCUGAGGAAAGUUGGCACAGUGAACGAGAUGAAAGCUCCAGUGGCACCAAACGAGAACACGGCGUUGAUAGCGACACCACCAAACAGCAGACACAGCAAACAUUCACCAAUGAACCAGUUGAACCACACAGCGUUGACUGGGGUCUUGGUGUAUGGGUUGACUCUGCACCAGAACCUGGACAAUGGGAUACAGCCAUCUCUGGAGUAGGAGUAGAGCACUCUGGAGGCAGCAAGCAUACUCGAGAAAUCCAUGAUAUAGGACAGAAUAAUGGCGAACGAAGCAAGUGCAACAAUAGCAUUUGGAGUGACAACCUCGGCAUUGGCAGAUUCCUCUGCCAAGUGGAAUGGAGCGUCGAAUCCAGACAUGAUCCAAAUGGCAGCCAUGAAACUCAUGAGCACUGCAAAUCCAUCUGGCCACUCGGUCAUGUUGACGAUUUUCCAGGCGUCGGAGUUGGAGUUAAAUUUUGGAAGACCCUGUUCGACUCUGUUAUUUCCGCCAAGGAAAACGACCCAUGUGAUGAACAGGAACACCAUGUUCAGAGUAGAGGUACCGCUGGUGAUGAUGGAGAUCCAUUUCACAGGCAACGAGGCAAUACAGGCAGAGCUGAUAGUGAUCGAGGUAGCGAGCAGGAAACAGUGCCAUUUCUGGUACUCAUAGUUAGGAUCGCUAAUUUCUUUCAGAGCCAGAAUCAUGGAAGCAGUACUAUAUCCGACGGAGGGACCACCUGUGAUCUGCGUCAGAUAGUUGGACCAUCCGACAAACCAGGACAAGAACGCUUUGUAUUUAGGAGGGGCCAACAUGGCGGUGGCAUAAUACAGUCCACCCGAGGUUGGGAACGCAGAGGCGAUCUCGGCCAUCGACAGAGCAACACAAAGAAUUCCACCCAUCGCAACCAAGUACACCCAUGUGAUACCAGCAUUUCCGGUGUAGGCCAUGGAGUACCACAGUGUUCCAGCAACAGAGGGCAGAAGACCAAGAGUGGAGAAAGCGAUGGCAAAGGUGGUGAACAUGGAGAAGUCACGUUUCAGCUCCUGCUUAUAACCCAAGGCCAAAAUAACGGCCUCAUCGUGGUCCACUGGGUGAUCCAGAUGGACCUUCGAAUGGGAAAUGACCGACUGAACACGAACUUGAUCAACAGCAAGAUCUGA